AUGUCGCAACGAGCGGCCAGCGAUAGCAGACCGAACCUGCAGAGCUCCAAAUCCUUCACAAGAAUGCCGUCUUCUCCCACAUCCACAUCACCUAGGAAGAGAGCAGCUACAAUUCAAGAUUCCGGAAUACCCGGUAUACCUGAGGCUCGACAUAUCGACAGCUCUCCAGAGAGCAAGAAGAAGAGUGAUGUCUUCGAGAAUGGAGGUGACGAGGAAGAAGAUGGGCAUGCUCACUCGGGAACCACCACACCCAACCCGGAGCUGAAGCUGCCGAGUACAUUCGAUGAACUACCCAUAGAGAUCAAGAGUCUGUCGGAGCGAUUUCUCGAGAGUCUGAGCGCCAAGGUCCAUCCCACCCCAUUGACGGCUGACACUCUAUCGGACAUGUUCCAGGACUUUUACGAGCGAGCUUCAGCACAUAUCAACACUCACAUUGCAAUUUUAGCUUCUCGCAUUGGUCGCAUCAAAAAGUCAUCCAAAGCAUCCCGGACUACUGGCCGAGCUCGAGCGGGUUCAGGCGCGUCUCGUGGCGACAGUCCUGCGAGUGGAGGAGAAAUGCUCACGGCUUCUGAAGUCGCUCAUAGAAAGAAGGCUAGGAAGCUUCUCGAGCUCAAGCGUACGGCAUUAGAGGAGGCAGUGGAGCGUGGUGUGUGCGAGAAGGUCUACCCACGCAUCUUCAAGCACAGAAGUACAGAUGAUGAAGCACGAGACGAGAAGCUAAGAUCACGUACAGCUGCGUUGUCAUUGGUCGGCAUUGGCUUGAAAGAGCUCCAUGGUGACGCUGAUCCUGGCAAAGAAGAUCUACGGAAGACUGCAGCAGAGAAGGAGGACGAGAUUCAUGCAUCACUGGCCGAGGCCAGGGAAGCCUUGCAGCGAAUGGACGACGAGCACUAUCCUGCAGGAAAGCUGCAGCAUCUCACGGCCGCGCACAAGAGCAUCGUCGAGACGUUAUCACAGAUUUUCCCAUCGUCGUCUUCUGCCGAUGAGAUACUACCGACGCUGAUCUACACUCUCAUCACCUCGCCACCUGAAGGCAUAAGCGUCGUCAGUAAUUUGAAUUUCAUCCAACGCUUCCGCGCAUCUACGAAAGUCGAUGGCGAGGCUGCAUACUGUCUUGUCAAUUUGGAGGCGGCUAUCUCCUUCCUCGAGACAGUCGAUCUGUCAUCCCUCCGAGCAGACGAACUACCAGAAGGCCCUCCAAAGUCGACCAGCGACUCGCCAACACAAGAUCACGAUAGACUAGCACUAGGACAACCUACACCUGCUCGCCCAGCCUCCACAAGCAUCUCUACCCUAUCAGCCGAUUCUCCCGCCCUAAGCACCAUCACUAGCACGACCGACAGCAGCCCAGCCGCCGCGGACCUAAACAAAGCUCUACCCUCCCCACGAACCCCACCCACCCCCUCAACAACCCGCCCACCAAUGCACCAACGCAAGCUCUCCUCCCUCGUCCAAGCCCAAGCCGACCGUAUCGAAGCCGGCCGCGACAACUUCCUCAACGCCGCCGAUAAAGUCUACGAUAGCAUCAACGGAACCCUAGAAAACAGCCUCCAAUUCGUCUUCGGCCGUUUCAAAGACCAGACGGCGGUGGGGAGCUCCCCUCUCCCUAAGACGCUAGAGGAUGCGAGAAAACUCGUCAACCCGCCCUCGCCACCCGACGAUCCGCUGGACGAUGGUACAGGGAGUGGGAGAAGUAGUCCGGCUACUAUCGAAGACCCCUUACAGACAUCCUCCGCACCCAACGCAACCAAGAUGCUCGAACUAGUCGGCGGCCGUAAGCAACUCCGAGAUCGAAGCGUAGAUAGUACCCGCUCAGGCGGCAGCGGGAAACGUGUCGCUUUCUCCUCGGAAAUUCCCAAGGAAAGAACCGCGAGUGAGUCCGCCAGCGCCGCGGCCACGGCAGCGGGUAAUGCGGGAGCGAAUUUCAUCAACGCUAUUAAUCCUCUCGGUCGCUUUGGGGUGCCUAGUUUCCCGCGGUUUGGCAGGACGGCGAGUGGGAGUACGACGGCUAUACUUGGUCAACCCUCGCCUACGCAUGAGAAAGCGCCGCCUCAUGGACCGGGGAAAUUGAAGGAUAUCUCCGAAGCCUCACCCACUUCCUCGACAAACCCCUCAGCAACGGACGCGGUGGAGCCCUUUCCCCCACUAGAGAAACAGCGCACGAAGGACAGUCUCGCUCUCGUUGUAGAUGAUGGAGGUGAUGACGAAGGCGAACUCAAUGCCCGAGAGGCUCUAGCCGAGUUGCGGAAACUGAAGCCGCCUAAGAAGAGGUUUUUGGAGGUGAAAGAUUCAAGUGAGUUGCGGGUUGGAGAGGUGGAGGAGUUGUUGAGGGAGUUUCGGAGGUUGGCUAGGGGGAUUGGGGUGGCUGUUGCGUUGUAG